AUGUUCCAGCGCAUCCGCGGCGCUAUAGACGCGCGCAUCGCCGAAGAACAGGCCCGCCAACGCUCCGCCCAAGAAGCCACCGCCCGUCCAGUCCGGAGACCAUCAGCCCGUACCCCCAACGCCCGACAGCGAAGUAAUAGCGCCCUACUGCAGACGAGGGGUCCAGAUCCGAAGGAAUUCGAGUUCUCGAUUGGUGAUGAUGAUUCUACUGGUACGCCGCCGUCGGGGUUAAGUAGGUCGGGGACGCCGAAGUUGGAGGGUGCUAGUACUACGUCGGGGUCUACGGCUGUGGAGAAUACUCAGAAUGAGGGCGCGGAGGCUGAAGGAAAGGAUGGGGAGAAAAAAGAGGCCGGCGAGGAAGGGAAAGACAAGGCCACCGAGAGUGCAGAGAAGCCACCCGAGUUACCGAUUGAAGUGAGAUCGAAACUGCGACGGUUGGAUAAGAUUGAGUCUAGAUACAAUGAUCUGCACAAAGCGUACAAAAUGGCACAUGCGCGAGUCCUAUUGAUCGAAUCGUUCGAAUCGGCAUUGAGAGAAAAUACGCCGCUGACAUCGAUCGGAGACCCGAAAGCCUUGACGGAAUAUUUGAAUCAGAUGUCGCUGAAAAACGAUAUGUUGAUGGACGAACUGAAGAGAGUGACUUCGGAUCGGGAUGAUUUUAAGAAGAAACUGGCCACAGCGGAGAAGGCGACCAAAGAGGCAUUGGAUGAGGUUGCUACUCUUAAAGAGCAGAAACAGUCUGAAAAGGGUCUGGAAGAGAAAGAAGAGAAGAAAAAGACUGAAACUGAGAAGCCAGAAUCAGAGGACUUUUUCUCGUUUGAUAAUGAGAUUCCACGACUAGAGUCGGAGGUUCAGGAGAAACAGGAAGAGAUCGAGAAACUUUCGACUGAAGUGGAUAAGCUCAAGCGUGACUUGACUGUGGCCAGGGAGUCGACGGAGAGUAUGGUCAUUACAUUGGAAUCGACUACCCGAGAGUUGGAAGGAUUGCGAGAUUUCAAGGACAAGCAUGAAUCCGAGCUCGAGGAGCUGAAAUCUACGAAACAGAAGGAGAUUGAUGAUAUCAAAUCCAAACUGGAAUCUGCCGAGUCUGCUGUCGAAAAGUCGACUACCGAGUUAUCUGAAGUCAAGCGUCAGCUUACUGAAAAGUCAGAAGAGAUUGAUCGUCUGAAGACAGAAGCUGCGAAUGCCACUUCACAAGUGAAUACUUCCGAGCUAAACGAAAAGAUUUCCCUCAUUGAGAAAGACAAGGCAGACAAGGAAAAGCGCUUGGGUGUUAUCGAAGGGCUGGUCAACAAGUUGAAAUCCCAGGUCAAAGAUGGCGAGGAAACUAUAUCUUCACUACGGACGGAUCUUGCUGGAAAGAGCAACCAAGUAGGAGAAUUGGAGAAGAUUGUCAAGUUUGUUGAUGAUGGUCUUGGUUUCUCGCCGAAAUGGAAGUCGACGCGGGAGUCUGUCGUGGCAGGAAAGACAGCCAGUUUCGAUGAUGUGCGUCAGAUCUUGCAGGCUGAGACGAAGACGACCGAAAUGACUUCAACACCCGCGCCACCUGCAGCGACCCAGGAAAGCCAAACAGGCGCUGGCGGCAAGAAGAAGAAAAAUAAAAAGAAGAAAGGCAAACAGGCAGAGGAGGCCCCUAUUAAGGAAACUCCAGAGGAGCCGGAAACGGAGGCGGCUAUGAUUGAAACUGCAGAUGUGGCUGCUUUGGAAAAGAAGAUCGAAGAGUUGACUGAACAGCUUACCGAAAAAGAAGCUGCCAUUGAUCGGUUGCAUGCAAAGUUGAAAGGUGAAGACGAUUUGAAAGAAGAAAUUGAGUCUUUGCGGGAUGAACUACUUAAUAUCGGCCAGGAGCACGUCGAGGCUAAAGAUCAAGUCAAAACGCUCCUGGUCGAAAAAGCGGCUCUUGAAGAAGCUCGUGCAAAGAUUGAAAAGGAGGUUGUUGAGUUACGCAUGAACCAUGCAUCUGCCAGUGCCGACUCUGACAAGCUGCAUACCGAUCUGAAAGCUGAAUUCGAAGAGUUGAAGCACAAAUCGACAACAUUGGAGAAAGACCUUUCUGCUGCUCAACAGCUAGCAGCGUCGCGGUUCAAGGAUCUGACUGAUCUGAAAAACACGAUGCAAAAAUUGUCACCGGAGUUGAAAAACCUGCGCGCCGAGUCUGCAGAGUUGAAAACUACAAAAGAGGAACUCAACAAGAAGGUGGCCGACUUUAAGAAGCUGGAGAACAAACACGAGGAUUUGCGUGCCGAGGUCAAGUCGCUCAAGUCGAGUAUCGCUGAUCGCGAGAAUGAAGUCAAGACUCUUAACCAAAAGAUUCGACAGGAAACCGAUAGCCGACUCAAGGCCGAGGAGUCAUUGUCGGUUGUCAAGUCUGAUCUACGUCAGAGUGAGACGAGGAAACAGCAGGCGGUUGAAACACAAGAACGGACUUCGAGAGACCUGUCCAGAGCACAGGAAGAAUUGAAGAAUCUACGAGCCAAGAUGCGAGAGGUGGAAGAGAAAUCUACCCAGCUUGACAGGGAGUUGAGCGGUCUAAGAGAAGAGAUUCAGCUCAAGACAGCUCAACAUGCCAGUGCGCAAAGCUUGAUGACCAGCAUGCGAGACCAAACAUCCGAAAUGGCAAUGCAGAUGAAAGAAGCCCGCGAGCGAUGUGAAAGUCUAGAAGAAGAACUAGCCGAAGCCCAUCGCUUAUUGACAGAAAGAAGCCGUGAAGGUGAGACUAUGCGCCGUCUAUUGAACGAGAUUGAAGGUCGCACGGAUGCCAAAGUCCGCGAUUUCAAAGAACGACUCGAAGCUGCUAUCGAAGAGCGGGAUAAAGCUGAAGACGAAGCAAACACUAUGGGCCGUCGCCGCGCCAGAGAAUUAGAAGAACUCAAAACCAAAGUACGCGAAACGGAAAAAGCGCUUAAAGCAGCCGAAAACGACAAAGAAGAGUUGGAAUACGCGCAACGCGAUUGGAAACGACGAAGGGAUGAUUUGGAGCUUCAGGCGGAACGCUCAGCACAGGAGGUCAAGGAAGUGCGACAAGCAAUGGUCCAAUUACGCGAUGCCUUGGAUGAAAGCGAACGACAAGUUCGAGAAAUGGAGAAAGAGAAGUCAGAACUCCGUCGCUCGAUCGAAGAGACCAACAACCGACUCGAAAAGUUGCGCAAAGCCAACAAGGCUCUGACAGAUGAAUUCAGUCGUGCCGGCACCCCUCAGAACGGCAAUGGCACUGCUGCUGCCGCUGGUAUAAGACCAUCAACAAUGGAAUCCGGCAUCACCUCAUCCCGGUCAUCAAUCGACUCCAGUCGUCGUACCACUCCAGCACUCCCCGGUUCACGGGAACGAAACCCCUCCCUCGCACGCAGCGAGACACCUACCGAGCGUAGUCAAGGUGGAGGUUCUAUCGAUUAUAUAUACUUGAAAAACGUACUGCUACAAUUCCUCGAGCAAAAGGAUAAGAAUUAUCAGAAACAACUCAUUCCGGUUUUGGCGAUGCUGCUACAUUUUGACCGGACUGAUGAGCAGAAGUGGAUGAAUGCUGUGAUGUCACGAUAA